AUGACACUUCAAAACUUGGCCAGUACAUGUAAAUUUGGCCAGUUUCUCGACGACGCAUUGCGAGACAGGCUUGUGUGUGGUCUGACCAGCAACAAUAUCCAGAAACAUCUUCUCACCAAAGAUGGUCUCACCUUCAAAGCAGCCGUGGACUUGGCCAAAACCCUUGAAACAGCUGUCAAGGACUUGCGUGAAUUUAAGAACAGCCCUAAUGCAGACACAGUAUCAGUUCACGCACUACACCGAAACGCCAAGCAACCGUACAAGCAACCGUACAAGCCAAUCGUUCAAACAGCCACCCCACAGACACGUGCCAAACCUCAACAAGGCGGGAAGAGAUGCAGUAGAUGCGGCAGAGAUCCAAGCCACCAAUCCUGUCCAGCAAGUGGACAAAAGUGUAACUACUGCCAGAAACUUGGUUACUUCUCGGUAGUGUGUCGCGCUAAACCGAAGAAGUUGCAUACAGUACAGCACGAUCCAACUGACAGCGAUGAUGGGGACACUGAAACUAAUGAUUUCUUCGUUGGAACAGUGCAUCACACCAGCCAUGACAUACUAAAUGGUGAUGUGUGGAGACAACCUAUCAAAGUGCAGGGACAGAUGGUGCAGUUCCUGCUAGAUACAGGUUCGGAAGUCAACAUCCUACCCGCUAACGUGUACAAAUCACUGAAACUCAGUGAUAAGACAUUGCAGCCAACGAUACUUCGCUUGCAUGGCUACUUUGGUGGCAAGGCCAAACCUCUUGGACAAAAGAAACUGUCAUGUGAAAUGAAGAAUCGUCAGUACUCGUUGGUGUUCCAGAUUCUUGCCAGUGGUCAGCCUGUCAUUGGCAAGACAGCAUGUGAAGCACUUGGUCUGAUACAGCGGGUGUACACCAUGGUGAACCGAGACAACGUGUUUGAAGGCACAGGUUGUCUUGAAGGCCCACCGGUUAACAUAAAGUUAACCGACUCCGCUACUCCAUACUGUGUGACCGCUCCUCGCAGAAUCCCCUUGCCCCUACUUCCCCAGUUGAAGCAAGAACUGGAAAAGAUGGAAACCCAAGGUAUCGUGAAGCGCAUCACUGAGCCGACAGAGUGGUGUGCUCCAAUCGUGAUUGUACCCAAGAAGAACAACCAGAUUCGACUCUGUGUUGAUCUGCGACAACUGAAUAAAGCUGUGCAGAGGGAGCGUUUCACUAUCCCCAGCCUGGAAGAGGUUUUGGGAAAGAUUGUUGGUGCACAAGUGUUCUCCUUACUCGAUGCAAAGCACGGGUUUUGGCAGAUACCCCUUGCUAGUGACAGUCAGAAAUUGACAACCUUCAUAACUCCAUUUGGGCGUUUCUGUUUUACGCGACUCCCUUUCGGCAUCACAUCAGCGCCUGAGUUGUAUCAGCGUAUUAUGUGUGACCUACUCGUCAAUCUGGAUGGGGUAGUUGUCUACAUGGAUGAUAUUCUCAUCACCGCCGAACACAGGCAGAGCACGAUCAACGUGUGCAUCGUGUAG